GACGUCAAAUUGCUCAAUGUUUUUAUUACUCAGACGCGAAAAAUCGAUAAACUGGACCCAGAAAAUAAGUGUACUCAGAAUUACGCCGCUUCAAAAUGAGUGCUACACUUGUCAGCAUCGCGGAGGAGGAUUUCUUCGGAACCGUAAUACGUUAUGGGCUUUACGUCGGUGCAAUAUUCCAGAUGGUUUGCUUAGCAGCCUGUAUAAUACUUCCCGAUGCAUCCGGUGGGGCUGAAGGCUUCAACGGAGUGAAGGGAAACGACAGUGAAGAUUCUAGCUCGGAGCAUUCAUCACCGCAGAACACUCCCAGACGUCCAUAUCACCGAAGUCGCAAACAAGACAAGAAAAAGAGACGUUGAAUUCACGUCAAAACUAUCAUAGACGAUAAAACUUUACCCACAGCUUAUGUUGUUUUCUAGAUGUAUGUUAGCUUUAUGUACGAUUCAGACGAUCAGUCACAGUCAACCUCCGUCACUGUCACAGUCAACAUUAGUUACAUGCAUUCUUAUGGAGCCAUUCACACGUAACGUCACCGUCACGAAACAUAACGGACGGAUGUGAACGUUCUGGUAAAGUAUUAAACUAAUUUUGACAGAAGCCGACGUUCCGAUGACGGUGACGGAAGAAGUCGGACUGUUUGAAUCGUACAUUAUUGUAUUUUCAUAAGUCCUGCCGCCCAACUAUUCGUUCUCAGAUAAUGUAGUUCUGAUGUUUGCAGUCAAAACUGCAAUUUUCUUUUUGUUCUAUCUAAUAGUGUGAUGAAAUUAAUAGCAAUGAUGUAUUCUCAAAAAGAAAUAGAUUUUUCUAAUACACAAA